CGGCCAUUUUGGCUGCGGGUUCGAAGACAAAGCAACCUGGAGACACCGGGCGGCGUCAUCCGGGCACGGUUGCGCAGGAGCAAAGUGCCUGAGGCCGCGCUGUCGCCAUUUCUGAGGAAGGCGCCUUCAGUUCUGGUUCUGGGUACCUUCAGCCGCCACCUCUCCGUUUGUAGCCGCCCUCGUGGGCCCGCGAGGGGCCGGUGCCCGCUCUCCCGGCGUCCUCGGGCACGGAGGGCGGCGCUGGCCUGUCGCCGGGGCUGGCACUGCCCAUGGCGCCGCCUCUGGCCCCGCUGCCCGCGCGGGAGCCAACCGGGGCCGAGCGCGAAGGGAGAAAGCCCGUGGCCGUGAGCUUCGCGGACGUGGCCGUGUACUUCUCCCCGGAGGAGUGGGGGUGUCUGCGGCCCGCGCAGAGGGCGCUGUACCGGGACGUGAUGCGGGAGAACUACGGCCACCUGGGCGCGCUCGGCUUCCGAGGCACCAAGCCAGCCCUCAUCUCCUGGGUGGAGGAAGAGGCCGAACUGUGGGGUCCGGAUGCCCGGGAUCCCGAGGUGGAAGAGUGUCUGAUAGAAGCAGACACAGAUUCCAGAAACAAGGAAGAGAAAGGACAAAGAGAAGGGACUGAGGCACUGGAGAAGAUCCUUUCUGUGGACGCUUGGCCUCCUGGGCUGAAGGGUCUCAAACCCCCUUCUGCUGAGUUCCCCAGUGGUUUAGAGCAGCCAUCCAGGGCGCCUCGCCGGGGUCGCCCCCCACUCUGUGCCCAUCCCCCUGUCCCAAGGGCAGACCAGCGUCAUGGCUGCUACAUGUGUGGGAAGAGUUUUGCCUGGCGCUCCACCCUAGUGGAGCAUCUGUAUACCCACACAGGGGAGAAGCCCUUCUGUUGCCCUGACUGUGGCAAGGGCUUCAGCCAGGCCUCUUCUCUGAGCAAGCACCGGGCCAUCCACCGUGGGGAGCGGCCCCAUUGCUGCCCAGACUGUGGCCGGGCCUUCACUCAGCGCUCUGCCCUCACCACCCACCUCCGAGUACACACAGGCGAGAAGCCCUACCGCUGUGCUGACUGCGGCCGCUGCUUCAGCCAGAGCUCUGCCCUCUACCAGCACCAGCGGGUCCACAGUGGCGAGACCCCCUUCCCCUGCCUGGAUUGUGGCCGUGCCUUUGCCCAUGCCUCAGACCUUCGGCGCCAUGUGCGUACCCAUACAGGCGAGAAGCCUUACCCGUGCCCAGACUGUGGACGCUGCUUCCGACAGAGCUCCGAAAUGGCAGCCCACCGGCGUACCCACAGUGGCGAACGCCCCUACCCCUGUCCUCAGUGUGGCAGGUGCUUCGGCCAGAAGUCAGCCAUGGCCAAGCACCAGUGGGUCCAUAGGCCUGGUGCCAGGGGGCGCAGGGGCCGGGCGGCCAGUGGGUUGCCUGUGCCCCUGGCCCCUGGCCGAGGGGACCUGGACCCACCUGUGGGCUUCCAGCACUACCCAGAGAUAUUCCAGGAGUGUGGGUGAUGGCCUUAAAGAUGACAAGGCAAAGGGUGAAGAUCUAGACAUUGCCUGAGGCCCAAGCUGGGCUCAGGGGCCUGAACCUCUAUGGCGGCUCCAGGGAGGUCACAGAAUUUCUGGCAAGAGCUGGACCUGAGAGAUGAGGACCAUGUUAUCUUAGGCCUUCACCAGCUUGAUCUGUUGACACCUUGCUUCCUACUAUCCCAGAAUCUAGAAGCCCCGUUUACUGAGUUAGGGCUGAGGUAAGAACCCCCGUUAGACCUCCACUGUGGGGAAGAAAAGGCUGUUUCUCAGCUUGGAUGUGUUAAGAGGAUUGUGGUAGAGGAGAACAUUGUUUUACCCAUUGUACUGCAGAAGUUAAAAACUGAUGGCCAUGCACUGAAUCUGGCCUGCAGCAGCCUUAAUUUUUUCAGCCCAGUUAGCGUUAAAAAAUGUUACAAAUUAUUGGUUAAGAUUUAAAAGUUGGGAUAUUUGACACAAAAAUCCAGGUUUCUGGUCUCUUGAAAAAUUCAAAGAUUUGGCAGCUCAACUUGAGCUCACACAAAACUA